AUUCCAUCUGGAUAAAGCACAACCCCCUCCAAACAAACAAAAUCCACACCCAAGCCUCUUAUUUUCUCUCUACACUACAAAAAAUUUUACGCAUCAAAACUCUAUUAAUAGAAGCGAUCACAGCGCCCGGCGCUGCCUUUCUAUUCACUUUCUUGAAAGAAUUUCCCGAGAAACAAACGAUUCUUUGCCUAUUUAUCAUAACUCAUCCUCAGCUUGUUAUUUGGAAACUCUCUGUGUAGGUAAAGGUUUAUGUGUUUGUCCACUUUCUUCGAUUUUAUCGGAACUCAAAAUCACGCUGGUCUUAACAUCUCUAAACUCCCUAUCUGCACAGAGAGAUAAUUAGCCAAGGUUGUCAAAUCUUUCAAGAUUUAAGAUUUCUGUUAAAAAUCUAAUAAUCAAGGAAUCGAGAAAAAUGAUGCGAAGACAGAAUCAAGAUCAACAAUCUCGUGUACUCGACGAGCUAUCAGCGUUAGUAUUCAAUCUCCUCCGUUCACCAUCGACGCCGAUCUCGUUUUCUGAUCAGUUUCCGGUGCCCUCCACGUCGCUGAGGAGGAGGUUGCCGGGAAUAACGCCGGGGGGGUUCGCGUCGUUGCUAUUAGGGAUAUCGUUGGCUUUGAUGUUAUGUGGAUCGGUUACGUUUUUUAUUGGGUUUUUGUUGAUGCCUUGGGUUCUUGGAUUGGUUAUGGUGUUUUAUGUUGCUGGGAUUGUUUCUACUGUCUCCAUGCUGGGCCGCUCUAUUCUUUGUUACGCCACGAAUCCUUCUUCUCGAAAGGAGAUUCCUGCAUGGAAACUUUUGUGAACGCAAAGUGGUUCAUAGAGCUGAACUAUGUACGGGAGUAUUGAGCAGCUCUAAUGUUCUAGUGAAUGGUGCUGCGUAUAUAUGAAAUUACCCAGCUUUUUCAUGAAAUCACUGGAAUUGUAGAUAACUGUGUUUCCUGAUGGCCUAAAAUUGUGGAUACGACUUCUUUUAUCAACUAGAAAUGGUGAAUAUUGAAGGUCUUAAGAACUUGUAUAAUGAAUUCUUACUUGUGGGAGGAAAUGGGAGAGUUGUUCCCGGGUUCUUUCUGAUAUUCAAUUCCCCUAUCUGUUCAGCAAUAUAUCAGCAUUACCAUUUUAUCUUAUUUCAUCUGUAUUCUUUUCUUGUAACCAUAUUUAAUUCUAAAGAGGAAGGAGAGAUGAUUGAGAUACUGGAUGAGUUUUUUCUUUUUGAUCUAACGAGAUAAAGUUGAGAUUUCA